AUGCUGCUUACAAGGGAAGAGCUCGACAAAUCAUCGCAUCCAGAUCCCCAGGUGGCAGAGUACUACGCCAAGAACCCUGCCCAAGCACAUGAGAAUGAUCCUCUUGUCGUCCGCGCAGGCAUGGCCGCCUAUACCGAAGCAGUCCUCUCCAAGCUAGGCGGCUCACCCACCGGACAGACGGUAUUCUACCAUGACAUCCCCAUGCGCGAUGAUUUCUCCAGUACAUUGAAGAUCUUCAAGCCUACGGACGAUCGACCUCCCGGGGCCCUGAUCGUUCUCUGCUUCGGCGGCGGCUUUAUAGCAGGAAGCAAAGACCAACUCACCGAAAUUGCCAGAACGCUCGUUCAUCUCUUCGGGGCCACGGUCGUGAACAUCUCCUACCGCCUCGCACCUGAAUGGAAAUUCCCAUAUGCACAGCUCGACGCAUGGGAUAGCAUGAAAUGGAUUGCCGAGAACGCCACUGGUGAGCUUCUAUCCGCUGACCCGAGGAACGGAUUCCUGCUGGGCGGCGUGUCAGCAGGUGGCGCCAUCACAGCUUGUCUCUCCCGGAAGUUCCAGGAAGAACCGCUGAAGUGGCCGUUGACAGGACAGUGGUUGUGCGUACCAAGUCUGAUGCAUAAGGAUAUCUGUCCGGAGAAGUACCGGGAGCUUUUCAUCUCGCAUGAUCAGAACGCGAGUGCGCCCGGCUUGACGAGGGAGAGCAGGGAGAUGAUGAGAGAGGCCGCGCAGUGGGAUGCUAGCAGUGACUUGAGGUAUGCGGUGAAUAGUGCCACGCCGUUGAGUGGACAGCCGAGAGCAUUCUUCCAGGUUGACGGGAUGGAUCCGUUGAGGGAUGAUGCGCUGAUAUAUGACGAGAUGUUGAAGGAGGCCGGAGUCGAGACAAAGUUUGACUUUUAUCUAGGAUGUCCGCAUGCGCAUUGGUUCACAAUGAGGGGGAUGGAGAUUGGAGAUCGCGCGAGGGUGGAUUGUGUGGAGGGGUUUGGAUGGUUGCUGCGAGAAGAGAUCAAGAGGGAGAGGAUUGUGGAGGUGCUGGGGAUCAAGACGUGGUGGUGA